AGACCAUCCUAGUGGCAUACUUGUCCAACUUUUCUUUACUUAUGUUGUCGUUCAUUUUCUCGCCCAGCGUUUCCAAUAUAUAUACUGUAAAUCCUCCAGGGCUGGACCUCUGAAUUCCCUCCUAUAGUUAGUUUUUCCUCUUUAGGUUAAGCCGUCCAAUACGGUUAUCUUCUCGGGGAAGCAGCCAAGGUCGACCAGGAUCACAGAUACCUACCUACCUAUAUUCUUUACCGUUCAACCCCAAAUGAAGUGUUGUAUGAGGUGGUUUAACAAGACUUGAAAAGGCUGUGCAGGCACUAGGCACAAUUGCAGCCUGAUGGAUCGUCAUGCUUACAUACAAAUUCGGAUGGAGAGACAUCGUGGGGUCCAAAUCUUCUCGCAAAGGACACCAUCUCUCUUCCACCAACCCAGCAGACAAUGAAUAACGAGGAUUUUGUGAUUGUUGAAAACCUCAAUGACCUGAGCAAGAGAUAUGCAUCCUGUCCCGACGGGGAGGCACGCAAACAGAAUGAAGUUACUCCCAAAGACAUCGCUGCCAUUCGGUCGUGGCUGUCGCCCACUGAGUUCGACUCCGACGGGAGUGAGUAUCGCAAGCAUCUGAAUGCCCAUGCCCCAGGAACCGGCGACUGGCUUGUUCAGGCUGAGACGUACCAGAAAUGGCACGACUCGACCGAGACCACUCCCGGGGGCCUCUGGAUCCAGGGCAUCCCAGGCAGUGGUAAAUCAGUCAUCGCAGCCCGGUUGAUCCAGAAAUUGAAAGAGGAAGAGAGGGCGCCCGUGGUCUUCUUCUUCGCCCGUCGCAUUAUCAAGUCCAACAGCCACCCCCAGAAUCUCGUCCGGGACUGCUUGUACCAGCUGCUGGACCACAUUAUCCCUCUCCAAGCGCGACUGAAUGACUUGCGGAAGCAGAAUUCUAGCAUCGAGUAUACCCCUUUCCAGGAGCUUUGGCGGGCCUUUCUUUUCGCUCUGGCGACUCUUCCUCGCGCGUAUGUCGUCUUUGACGCCUUGGAUGAGCUCGCUGUUGAACAGAACGGUUUCCUCACUCUCCUUCUGGAGCUCGCACAAAUGAGCCCCCAAUCGAUAAAGCUCAUUAUAACCAGCCGGCCUGUCUCGCACCUGGUGGACGCCCUGAGAGGACCCUCAUUAGGACUCAUUCGGCUGACGAAGCGCGCUGUUGAGAGUGAUAUCGCGACGUAUAUCGAUCAGCGGCUCGUCCAGCAAGAGCAAAGCCCUUUCACAGAGGAGCAGCGGGUGCGAAUUAAAGAGACUAUCUGCCAAAAAGCCCAGGGACUGUUCCUCUACUCCCGGCUCAUGCUUGACCAGCUCAUGCAACCAUCCACUACACCCGUAGACCGGCAUCUCCAGCGAUUGCCCGAGUCCCUCGAGGACAUGUACGUAAAUCUCCUGCAUGAGUACGCUACGCGGUCCAGCGCCGGUCUGCCCUUCCAGUCAUGGCUCCUGUCCUGGAUUACGCAUUCCACUCGGCCGCUGCGAGUAACUGAGCUCGCGGCACUCGCCCUCUCUACACCCGAUCGAGCCGGUCUCAAGAACGACCAAGACGCGAAAUUGAUGGCCCGGACGGCCUGUGGCCCCUUGCUAGAAAUCCUCGAGAAUGAGACCGUCCAGGUAAUCCACCACUCCUUCACAGAAUUUCUCCUCGACGGCCACCGGCCAAGUGCAAACGAAUCCAACUCCAAUGCAUGGUUUCCUGCGUUCGCACCAACUGCCACCCAUCGCUCCCUGACGCUAUCCAUCAUCAAUUACCUCCUCUCCGGCUGCUUCACCUCGUGGGAGUUUGACUGGAGAGAGUAUGGAGGCAAUGGCUUUGAGAAACCACAUCAUGAAGUGAUGCUCCAGUUCCCCUUCCUGCAGUAUGCCGUGCAGAAUCUCCUCGACCAUGCGGCGAGCUGCGAUGUUGAAGAUCUAGAGCUCAUGCAGGCACUCGAUCGUCUGUUUGAUACUGACCCUGAAACUUUUAACGCCUGGUUGGACUUCUGGUUCGCUUCUAUGGCUGAGCACGUCCCUGAAGACUUCAAGCCUAUCCACGUGGCUGCGCGCGCUGGCCUCUCGCGUUAUACAGCACAUCUCAUUGCUAAAGGCGAAGACCCAAAUGUUUGCGAUGAGAAUUGCUACUCGCCCGCCGCCCUCGCGGCUAUGAAUGGUAACGCAGACACACUGGGUGUGCUCCUCGAUUCUCAAGCCACCUUCACGGACUACGACAUCGAAGGCUUAGCACCCAUCCACUACGCCGCGAAAGGCGGCCACAUUGAUGUCUUGCAGCGACUACUCGACGCUGAUACUGAUCCGUUAUAUCCGCAGGGCCCUGGCAAUAGGUCGGGAUACACCAAACCCGGUAAGACGCCAAUCGAGUACGCUUGUCAAUGGGGGAAUACCGAGGCAGCGACAUUGCUGCUCCAGCACAUGGACGAAGCCACGCGCUGUCGCGUUCUGCCGCAUUGGGCUGCUGUUAAUGGCCAGGCGAAUACCCUGCGCGCUCUCCUAGAAUAUCCCGAGAUCAGAGCCAAUAUCCAAGUGAAAGAUGCCAGUGGGAACACGGCGCUGUAUCUUGCAGCGUGCGCUGACUCCGCUCCGACUGUCGACCUCCUGCUUAGAUAUGGAGCUGAUGUGCGUGUUCGCUCCUCGGGAUCGGGGAGCAACGGCAGCAGAUGGACUGGUUCUUCUGAAGCCCCCCGAGAUCGUUGGACGGCGCUCCAGGGGUGGGCGAACGGGAAUGCGUCGUGGUACAAGCGGUACCAGACCAGCGAGGACGAGUGGGAGCGAGUAGGGGAGUCGCUGAUCAAAGCAGGAAGUGAUAUUGAAGCGCGAGACGACAAGGGCAAGACGGUGUUAUUCUACUGGGGCAUGCAUGGUCGCUCCGGCGCGCGCUUUGCUUCCUUUCUACUCCGGCAUGGCGCCGAUGCCCGGGCUCUUGACAAUGACGGAAAUACAAUCCUGCACGACAGCCUCUCCUAUCAUCAAGCUGGCGCGACAAUGCGCCUCCUGGUCGAUGCCGGGGCGAAUAUCAACCACGCGCGGAAGACGGACGGCGUGACGCCCCUGAUCAGCGCAGCAAAAAAACAGUUCGAGGGCGUAAAAUUGUUCACUGACUGUGGCGCUGAUCCGAACCUGCAAGACGCAGAUGGGAAUACAGCACUGCAUUGGAUCUGCAAGUCGUGGGUACCGGGUUUGGCGACGUUGCGAGAAUGGCUGCAGUUCGUGGAUCCCACGAUUCGCAACAACGCAGGCCAGACGUGCAUAUACAAUCUGCGGUUUGGGAACGACGGGUACGAGCGUGUGCAGGCUAUUCCACUGUUCAUUGAGAAGGGCCUGGAUCUGGAAUCGCGCGAUCGGAAAGGGCGAACGGCCUUGUUAGCGGCUUGCGAGAAUGGCCAGCAGCAUUUUAUCACUGCCUUGUUGCGACAUGGGGCGUCUGCGACGGCGACUGACUUUGAGAAUAAGACCUGUUUACACAUCCUAGGACAAGUACUGCUGUCCAGUAUAGACCACGGAAAGAAGGAUCGCAAAAUAGCAGUGGACGUGUGGUCUCGUCUCAUAGAAGCCGGGGCAAAUAUCGGCGCGGUCGACAACCAAGGAAACACGGCCUUCCACGACGCCAUCAAAACAGACGACUACUUCCGGCCCGUGCAGGUGCGACUUGAGGCUCUCCUCGAACUGGGCGCGAAUCCCAACACAGCUGACAACCAAGGACGGACGGUUCUGCAUAAGAUUUCUUCUCUUCCUGGUCAGCCCUUUGCGGACCGCUUCGACUGGCUUCAGAAGGCAGGACUAAGUCUUGACCUCCAUGCGCGAGAUAAUCAAGGAUUCAUGCCGAUUCAUUGCGCAGCAGCAGCAGCAGAUGUCAAUGUGUUGAAGCUCGCGAAGGCCGGUGCAGACCUUCAGGCUCGCAUAUACAACGGCUUUAAUGUACUACAUCUCUCGGCCAGUGCUGGACAGGCCAGUGCCCUGGGACUGCUCUGCAAGCUGUACACGGACAACGGAUGGGAUAUCAACCAGCAAGACGAGAAUGGUCGAUCUCCAUUGCACUACGCCGCUGCAUCUGGCAGCUCCGAAUGCGUCUUCUACCUCCUCCAGGCCGGGCCGUUUGUCAACGCACAGGACUGUCAAGGGCUGACGCCACUCCAUACGGCGACUGAGUACCAAAUCGACGUUUCCGCGGCGAGACAGGCCCGCAGGAAAGCCGGGUUCCCGUAUGGCGGGGGCAGAGGGCGUUCUUGGGAUGGCCUCCAGCGAUUGAUGGACCUGAGACGCGAUAGUCCUGUUCACAAGGCUCCAGAAGCUGUGAGGGCUGCUGUUGCUGUCGAGGACGAAGUACAGAUGGUUCAGGAUUCCGUCCGCCUGCUGCUCGCUGCGGGAGCUGAUCGAAAUCUGCGUGAUAGAUCUGGGUGGACAGCCUAUGAUCUGGCUGUCUACCUGGACCGGGGAGAUGUAGCUGCUAUCUUAGAACCCUCGCCGGAGAGUGGUGAUGGUCAGCACACGUCCGUUCCAUUCCGUUGGUGUUCCCUUGGGGGGAUUGAUGCUAACAAAAUCGUCGAGCAACUCGAUGUCGACAACUGCAAUCCCUACACUGUGCUCCAUGCGGCCCUCUCGCAGCGAAAUGAAACCCUGGUAGCGGCCCUCCUGGACGCUGGAGUAGAUCCAGCUGUCCCUGGCCCCGACGGGCUGACACCAGUCCACUACGUUGCUUUCUGGGGUCUUAUCUCAGUCAUGAAGUUGAUGGCACGCUAUAUCAAAGACCUGAAUUCCAUCAACCCGCCACUCCUCCAUGCGGCCCUCUGUCGAGAGCAGUCGAAUAUCCAGAUGGUUGAUCUCUUGAUGAGCCACGGCGCCAACGUCAACGCCUACUUCCAAGCCCCUCUGGACAAUGGUACCUGGACAGCGAUGGCGUCAGGCUAUAACGCAGUGCACAUGCUCGCUGCCGGAGAACGUUGGUGGCACAUCACGGCGCUCCAGUCCCUCUGCAAGGCCGGGGCUGACCUCGAAGCCGUCGAUUCUCACGGGCGAACAGUCCUGCAGUGCGCCCUUACGGCGGACAACUCCGUCCUCCACGGCGCCUGGCAAGAAGACACAUUGGAUACCAUCCUCGCCCAUGGGGCCAACAUCAACGCGCAAUCUCCCGAGGAUGGAUCGACGGCAUUGCAACGCGCACUAAAAUACCGCUGGGGACGGCCCAUGAUCGAGCGACUCCUCCGCCAUGGCGCUGAGAUCAACCUCGGCCACGUCCCAGCCAUUCAUGCCGCCGUCGAGAGCCUGAGUAUCGGAGCAUGCGAGGCCAUACUCGACGCCGGGGCCGAUCCGAACACCUUCCGUCACCGGCCAAAGGGGCAGCGCCGAUAUUUUGCCCACACCGAGGGACCACACGUCGAAACGCCGCUUCUUGCCGCUGCUAUGAAGAGCUCAUACGAAUACGACCACGAAGACGACGAGCUUGAUAAGCGGGCCCCGAUAAUAUCCAUCCUUCUUCAACGUGGAGCUGAUCCCCUCCUUGAAAUUCCCGGCGAGAGCACCACCACCACCGUCUUCCAUGAGAUCUGCCACUACCACGGCAUCGUGUCGCCCUUUCUCAAGGCCGGUAUUGACUUGGAGAGGACCAACGCAGCCGGCCUAACCCCGCUUCUCGUGUCGUGUGCGUCGCCAAAGAGAUUAAAGAACUCUCUAAGGCACGAGUCGACUCCUAUCGAACUCAUCAAUGCAGGGGCCAACAUCCACGCAGUCAGUCCCCAGGGCUCAAGCGCACUACAUCUGGCCGCUGAAUCCGGACUCUGUGAGACCCUCUCGUUGCUUAUCGAAAAAGGGGCGCUUGUCUCAGCGACGAACAAUGCAGGACUCACCCCGUUGUACUACGCCGUGAAAUACCGGCAGACCAUGGACUCCGUGCGCUUGACGAAGACUCUCCUCGCAGCUGGGGCAGAUCCGCUGUUCACAGGUCCGAACGGUGAAAAUGCACUGCAUAUCCUCGCUCCGUCGCUGAUGCAGUUCAGCCCGGCGGGGUCUUACGAGAGCAACUACCAGUGUGACGAUGAUUUUGAUUAUCUUGCGGAGUCCAAAGCGUUGUAUAAGACCUUUACUGACAGCGGCUGUGAUCGUAAUGCCCGAGACAACGAGGGCAACACCCCUCUCUUCCUGUAUGUGCAAGAGGUGAAGGAGGAAUGUGAAGUCAUCAAUACCGUCCCACCUGCAGAAGAGGAUGUCCGGGAGAUGUUUGACACGCAUGACAUCUUUGCGGUCAACAAUGGAGAUACGCUGCUUCAUGCAAUAGCAAGCAGAGAGGAGGAGGAGCGCAGUGAGGAGGAUGCCGUCUUCCUUUUUCAGGAACUUCUAGCGAGGGGACUCGAUGCGAGACGAGAGAAUAAAAAGGGGCUGAGUGCUUUGGACGUCGCUAUGGCUUAUGGUAAACAGGGGAUUUUGGAGCUUUUUGAGAGGGAGGAGUGAUUUCUCUUGAUAUUUCGGGGAGAUGCUUUGGACGAUCCAGCACAUGCUUACUAUAUCGAUCUCCUGCUUGUUGUUACGGUCAUACAGGUAUACUAUCAACUUUCGAAACGCGCCAUAUCUUCUCAGAAAUUAUUUCCAGAAUGUCAGAUUAAGAUUAACCAGCUGAAUUUGGUUGUGAGGGAGGCCAUUUUUGGUGUUAUCCUGGAGUUGAAACAGACUAAAGCUCACCGAGGUCGAGCGCGAGUUAGUUAAAAGAUCAGUCCAAGAGGUGACUAAAGAGUGCUUAGCGGGUGCAGAAUAUCUAUGCAGAACAUUUUAAGGCAGCAGCUCGCCGCUGAGAGUUAUGGGUGGAAAUGCAGCUGUUUAUAGCCUCAGUAGCAGUUAUUUUCGGCAUUGAUUUCGUAGGUCCUAACAUUCUAGUUGUAAAUAAGAUUAUUAUUUGAAACCAUAAAGCGUCU